AAUGGCGGCAGGGGGCGCUACCCCCAACUCCAAACACCACUCCCUUGUUUAUUAUGGAUUGGGGACUCUGGGAAAAGAUGGCAGCUUCCUGUCUGUACCUGGGAUUUACUUUUCACCAAGGACGGAAUCAAAACAGUUGCAUGUAGAUAUCUGCCCAAUCGCCUCAAAUUCAUAUAUUUGAAUACUUUACUAAGAUUUACCAUGGAGAAGAGUGGAAGCAUCGACAGUCUGGGUUCGAAGCAAUCCUCGUCAAGGCAGGCCAGCGUUGAUUCAUUGUCCAGUACGUCCACGUCUCGUUCUGACCGGUCCACUCACGCUGCCAAGACCCCCUAUGCGAUGUCUUCUGACAAUGUGUCCACCUCAACAGAGUUCUCCCCAGAACUACGGGGCAGACCUAAAGCUGCUGCCAAGGUGCUCAGGGAUUCAAACAAAGAAGAACCACAGUUACUACCAAAGGAAAGUGUGCAAGACAUGGCCAAAGACGUCACUUACAUCUGUCCUUACAUCGGUGCACUGAGGGGGACAUUGACUGUCACCAACUAUAGACUGUUCUUCAGAUGCAUGGACAGGGAACCAGCGUUUGUGCUGGACUUGCCCCUGGGGGUAGUGAGCCGUGUGGAGAAGAUAGGAGGUGCAUCUAGCCGUGGUGAGGUCUCCUACGGGCUGGUCUGCAAGGAUAUCCGUAAUCUGCGGUUUGCACACAAGCAGAUGGAGGACUCACUCAGGAAGUCCAUUUUUGAGAUCCUGAUGAAAUUUGCCUUUCCUGUUUCCAAUGGUUUGCCAAUCUUUGCCUUUGAGUAUGGGCAGGUCUAUCCUGAAAAUGGCUGGAAAGUGUAUGAUGCUCAAGCGGAAUACAAAAGACAGGGAAUACCCAACGAGAGCUGGAGGAUAACUAAAGUGAAUGAUCACUACGAAGUGUGUGACACUUACCCAUCAAACCUGGUGGUGCCUGUCAACAUACCAGAUGAGGAGUUGAAGAGAGUGGCUGCCUUCAGAGCCAAGGGCAGGAUACCUGUGCUGUCGUGGAUUCACCCAGAGAGCCAGGCCACAGUGACGCGCUGUAGUCAGCCCAUGGUCGGGGUCAACGGCAAGCGUAGCAAAGACGAUGAGAAGUACCUCCAGGCCAUCAUGGAUGCCAACGCUCAGUCCCACAAGCUCUUCAUCUUCGAUGCCAGGCCUAGCGUCAAUGCUGCCGCCAACAAGAUGAAAGGGGGUGGCUAUGAGAGUGAGGAUGCCUAUCAGAAUGCAGAGCUGGUGUUCUUGGACAUCCACAACAUCCAUGUGAUGAGAGAGUCACUGCGCAAGCUGAAGGAGGUGGUCUAUCCCAACAUCGAGGAGUCCCAUUGGCUCUCCAACCUCGAGUCCACUCAUUGGCUGGAGCACAUCAAGCUGAUCCUAGCUGGGGCGCUGCGUAUUGCAGACAAGGUGGAGUCUGGGAAGACUUCAGUGGUAGUUCACUGCAGUGAUGGAUGGGACCGUACUGCCCAGCUCACCUCCCUGGCCAUGCUGAUGCUGGACGGACACUACCGCACCAUCCGUGGCUUCCAGGUGCUGCUGGAGAAAGAGUGGCUGAGCUUUGGCCACCGCUUCCAGCUAAGGAUCGGUCAUGGGGAUAAGAAUCACACAGACGCAGACCGCUCGCCUGUCUUCCUGCAGUUUAUUGACUGUGUGUGGCAGAUUGCCCGACAGUUUCCUGCAGCCUUUGAGUUCAACGAGUACUUCCUGGUCACCAUCCUGGACCACAUGUACAGCUGCCUGUUUGGGACAUUCAUGUGUAACAGUGAACAGCAAAGGGUGAAGGAGGAGCUGCCUAAGAAGACAGUUUCUUUGUGGGCCUACAUCAACAGCCAGCUAGAGGAGUUCACCAACCCUCUUUAUGUCAACUAUUCCAACCAUGUGCUGUUCCCAGUAGUCAGCAUGCGCCACCUGGAGCUCUGGGUGGGAUACUACAUCCGCUGGAACCCUCGCAUGAGGCCACAGGAGCCUGUUCACCAGCGCUACAAGGAGCUUCUGGCCAAGCGGGCGGAGCUUCAGAAGAGGGUGGAGGAGCUACAGCGAGACGUGACCAAUCGCUCUGCCUCCUCCACUGAGAGGGCUGGCUCGCCCACCCGCUCCAUCACUCCCGUUCAGACCUUUGUUUGACAGGGGGCUUUUAGAGUAAGGCUAAGGACUGAGGCCUCACAACGAUAAGGUGCCAUGCCCAUAACUAAUAGACUGCACUGCAGGGGACUUGCUGUGUCACACAUUCCUGCUUAACAUGACACACUCCUGUAGAAAGCAACGCAACCACCAAGUGUCUGUAGAAACCAUGUAUUGGCCUUUGGAUGUUCCAUCUCACUGCUGCUCCAACAGCUGAGGUCGUACAGGGUCAGACCCAUAGAAAUAGAAUAAGAAUAUGAAUGUAUAUGUCUAUGGUCAGAACCCUAUGUUGUCUAUGCACCAAAAAGACGUGCUGCCUCUGUUUAAGACCACCCAUAGACAAUAACAGAGGCCUCUAGUGGCCAAAAGGCUGUUUAGCAUGGGCGGCAUCAUUAAGGGCUUCCACCAUGCUUCUGCCAUUUUAAAGUAAUCAACGUUUUCAAAAGGGUGGGGCUUCCUAUGGGUUGUAGCCUCAAUGGCACUGCCCAUGCUGUGACACAUGCUAUAAUGGCACAUAUAUAAAUGAGUCCUCUAUUUAUCUCUGAGACCACCUCACUAUAGCCAUACUUUACUUCACUGACCUCUGCUACCAGGGUCAAGAGUACUGUAACAUAUAAUGAUCAUCAAAUAAUCCCUCACAAGUAUGCUAUUGCAUAUCGGCUUAACUAUAUCCAGUAUUAAUGCAUUAGUUUAUUCUAAAGUAAUAAGUACACUAAAUUAUUAAUAGGAUAAAACAAGUAGCUAAUACGCUCAAUGAAUUUCUUCGUUGUGAAAGCGAGGUGGAGAAUUGAAAAAGAAAAAAGACAUGCUAUUUAAGCAAUUUUCUGUUUAUUUCUACUUGACCUAUUCCAAAUAGGUUUUGAGGUCAGAAAUGUCUGCAAAUGGUUUUGAAGCUGAGAAAAUAGUUACUGGAUGGACACAUAUUUUGACCAAAUAGGUAUGAAUGAAUGUGGGUGUAUAGUUAUGUAUGACAUUCCAUCUGAUCAGUAUGUUGAUGUUUUUUUCUAAGCUGUUGAGUUCUUUUUACUAGCAAGUUAACUACAUAUUAUUUCCAUUCUCUUAGCCUAGGUUGUGUGUACAGUUUAUACCAUAGACUUUUAGGUUAAUACUGAGCUCUGAGUCUCAGUUAUAAUUAGGUGAUAACUUGAGGGCCUUGGUGAUGAUGUGUACGUCACGUUGCAGACUGUUUACCCAAAACAGAUCAGUAAAAUUGACAAUGUGCAUGACAUGGUUUAGUUGAAAGGUCAUACCCACAGGUUGUUAAUAAAUGCUGCAUAUGUAUCAAAUAACAAAUUCUACAGAAACUAGAAACUGAAUGCCACAGAUGGCACUAACCAUUCCUCCAUGGAAAAUGUUAAGACUCCAACAACAUGCAUCUCACAGGCACAGUGAUGUAGAGCUUUGCACUGUUGUUUAAAAUAAAUAGUCACAACAGGGUUUUCUCUUUGAACAGUGAUCUGAUUACUAACCAGAGGAAAAGUAGUGAGGCUCAUUCCCCACUAGUGCAAUGAUGAAGUGGCUUUUUUCAUGGCCUCGCAAGGGCACAUCCUUAAUCAAUAUAAAUCAUUAACUGUUUAACUAAUAUUUACGUGUUAGUAGAAUAAUUAAUUUGGUAAGAAUGUUAUGGUCAAUGUAAUUGCAGGCCAUUAACUUAGUAGAACAAGCUGACUACCAUGGACUGUAACCCAUGCCUGUCAACAAUACACGUUUGCCACAAUAUUUUGAUAAUUUAUUUGUUUUUGUUUAAAUGUUAAUUUGCAAAAUUGGAAAUAAAACUAUUUCUUGUCCUUAUAUAUUAUGAUCACCAAUAUAUUGUUAGUAGGUAGGUAGAUACAACAUGACAAAGUACUUUAUAUUGCCUGUUAGCAUAUGGCCCAGCACAUCAGCAGUUUAUCCAGCCUGGAUUUACUUUGCUCUUUGAUCCGGGAUUGACCCUGGUUGCUGUUGACUUAAUUUAAUGAUAAAUAAAAGACCACCACAAAUUAAAUGUGUGUUGUGAACACAAUCUCUAAACAGAAUUCAUAGUACCAUUGCAUUGCCUAAUAUUUUCAGAAUGACUCUGACAAUGUACACAACGGUAUGAAUAUAUUGUUCUCUUUUAUCCCCAGCCACCUGACAGUGACAUUUAAUUACAUGUAGCAGCUAGCUUUUAGAAUUAAAAGAUCUAACAGUAAUACAGCAUAUGUACAUUCUAGUUACUUUGCUUCCAUAUUCCUCUUAUCACAGUGAUACAAAUUGAGGCAGCUUAAUGGAACUUAAUCGCUGUGUUGUUUUGCACUGUGAUUGGCUUCUGUGUUUCAAAAUACAAAGUCCCGCGCACUAAUGAUGUGUCAUGAUUGGCUUCUCUUUCUUUCUUCUGUCGUUGGCCGCAUCCGGUUUGAAUGACGACGCUGCGGAUACAAAAAAAGAGAAAGGGAAAAUACGAAUAGCUAGCUAAGAACAGCGAAAAAACUAUUUACAUUUUACUCUUGUUUAUACAUUUUGCGGAUGCUAGAUAAGUAUUUUUGACUAACUAUGUCAAGUAACUUAUGUUACGGAGAGAGAUGAUAGAUAUUUAAGAAUAUUUAGCUGUUUAUUUAGCAUUAGCUUAGCUAUUAUUGGCUAGCUACAGGCUUAGUUAGCUAACGUUAGCUACCAAGGAAAUUGUUUGACAACACAUUGUCUGGGUGACUAGCUAUUUCACUCUCUUUGUUUUUAUCUUUGACUUGAUCUUGGUGAUAAUGGCAACAUCGGCCCUGUACGCGUGUACGAAGUGUAACCAGCGGUAUCCUUUCGAAGAACUGUCGCAGGGACAGCAACUGUGCAAGGAGUGUCGCAUCGCUCAUCCCAUCGUCAAGUGUACAUACUGCAGAUCAGAGUUUCAGCAGGAGAGGCGAGUUUUGCGCCAUCACCUUUACUGUCAAAACAAACACAAUUUGCAAGAAAUGUGCCCAGAAUGUAAAGCAGUUUGGGACGCCUAAACCCUGCCAGUAUUGUAACAUCAUUGCUGCUUUCAUUGGAACAAAGUGUCAGCGUUGCACUAACUCAGAGAAGAAGUAUGGCCCUCCACAGACCUGUGAGCAGUGCAAACAACAGUGUGCAUUUGACCGCAAGGAAGAGGGUAGGAGGAAGGUGGAUGGGAAGCUGCUGUGCUGGCUAUGCACUCUGUCCUACCGCCGUGUGCUGCAGAAGACCAAGGAGCAAAGGAAAGGCUUCAGCUCCUCCCACUCCAACUCCUCGCUCAAUGAGAAGGACCACCACUCCAGGCAGCAGCAGCAUCAUCAACACCACCAGCAGCACAGACACAGCAGCUCACAUAAACUCAGUGGGAGCCUAAGUCCAGAGCAGGAGCAGGGACUGUGGAAGCAGAGGUCUGAUGGAGAGCCUCAGUGGCUAAGGUUGUGUGUUGGUUCUCCCCUCAGCCAUAAAUCGUCUUCGAUCCAGAAGGAGACCCCAAAGAAGAAGCCAAAACUGGAUGUGAAGCCAUCCAACGGGGACAGUAGUUCCAUUACCCAAUCUAUGGAUUCUGGAGGAACGGACAACUUUAUUCUGAUCAGCCAGCUGAAAGAGGAAGUGAUGUCAUUAAAGAGAAUGCUUCAACAGAGGGAUCAGACAAUACUGGAGAAGGACCGAAAGCUCACAGAACUCAAGGCAGACUUCCAGUACCAGGAAUCCAACAUGAGGGUUAAGAUGAACAACAUGGAGAAGGUGCACAAAGAGGCCAUGGAACAGCAACAGGCCAAAAACCGGGAGCUGCUGAAACAAGUGGCCGCCCUCUCAAAGGGCAAGAAGUUUGACAGGACGGGGAGUUCACUGCUGUUACCGUAACGACAAGCCCACCCAACCACGGCUCAGUGGCUUCAUUGUUUUAACACUGUGAAAGCCUGAUGCCAUUCUACCUUUCCCUCCCUCCUUCCUGUGUUUUCUCAAUCAUUUUGAUCUUUUCAGUUAUGUUAUUCGUUGGAAAACAGGUGACCAUGCUAUACAUGGAAAUCCUCUUUCAUGUUGGCAUGACAAUAAGGACACAUCCUCAAUUUCAACAUGUUUUAAAUGUUCUAACCCUGAGUUUUACUCUGCCACUGGAUGUGAUGUGACUGUGGAUGAGGAGAGAGCCUCGUUAACACUGCCCGGGUCCAGCAGCAUGUUUUGUGCAAGGUGGAUACGAUUCUGUCAACAUCACAGAUCCCACUUGAUUUUUUACGGAUGUCAUGCAAUCUUAUUUAUUCAAUUACAUUUUGUAGCUUUUGGUCUUUUUCUCACCACAUACUCAGAGCAUUGCCCAGGUUUGGGAAAUGUUUUUUCUUCAACAGCAACUUUCUCGUAACAUAUUAAUUAUAUUUUUCUAAAUGGACGUAAUUAUGGAAGAGAAACUCCUCCUUAUUGGAGACCCUUCUCAACUUACUAUGUAUGCAAAUGUCAAAAGGAUCACUGACAACAGCAUUGCUGGCCAGUAGCAGAGACCUUUAGACGUUAAAGUCCAAAAACCAUCAACUCUAUGAGAGAUUUUUAAACUUUGUUUUGUAGAGACACUUCCCGGCUGCCCUCUUUCUCACUGUGACAGCUGUAGUGCUUUGCUGUUUUUCUGUAGUGGAAAGAUUUGUAAUACUGCAUGACUUACUGACAUACAAGUUAGCAUUGUGGUCUCCUGUACUAUAAUGUAGGGUUUCUCAAAUUGGGUUUCACGGGCCCCUGGGGAGGUAAUGCAGGAGGUCUGCAGCCAGAUCUCAAAAUAACAGUUUUUGUUUUAAAUUUGAAAAGAAAAUCAUGAAUAUUACUAACAGAUGAAUUAUUAAAUUAGGUGUGUUGAAGGGAUCUGUGGAUUAAGUUUAGAGGGUAUAAUUCAAUGUAAUAUUAUUCAUCUACGGUUUGUUCUUAACUUUGGGCAGAAUGGCCCUGGGAGGCUCACAGGGAUAUUGGUAUCCACAGUACUCCACCAGUUAUCUAUUUUUCAACUCAUUACUUGUCCCCCUCUCACCCAAGAAAAUGCAGAACAUGAAUGCACUGUAAUUAAAGUUCUCUCUGCCUCGUAGAAAAAUGUGUAGAAUUGCAGGACAUUAGCUUGUAGGGUAUUAGCUUGUAUGCUACUUCUUCUCACUCGAGUUGUGUUCUGGUUAAGAGGGGGUCCCUGAUGAAUUUGGUAUGACAAGAGUCCCCGGCCCCAAAAAGUUGAGAACCCCUGCUGUAAUGUACUUUUUCAGCCUUUAAAAAACUGUUUUUUUAUACGUGUAAAGGUAUUACAGGGAUCAGCCUAUGUAUUUAAAAUGUGUAACUUGUAUCGGUUUUAGUGAGUGUGUGUGUGUCAGGUAAGGCUGGUUAAUUAUAUAAAUACAUCUGUAGAAUACGCUUUUUAAAGGAACGUACCAUUUCAGCUCUGCACCAAACUGAGCUGGUUUCAUACUGUGGCGUUCUGAUCACUUUUGUACUUUUUCCAAACCCAAUGUUUCAAAAAUAUUAAAUCUGGUUAAACAUA